AUGAAGAGUGCCCUUCGGUGGUUCACCCCAUCCCCAACGAGUACCGAGGGCUCAAAAGACCGUGACCCAUCCAGUCGGUCCGCCACUGCCGCCGCUCUUUCCCAGUCACGUAGUGAGGAGGCCACACCCUUCCCACGCAGGUCCCCUGCUUCCGUCUCUACCACCAACACCAACGCUGUCCGCAGCGAUCAUUCUUCGCCCUUCUCGCGCUUCUCCGACAACCAUCACCAUCAGAUUAAUACCAACAACCCCGCUUUCUCGUCGCCGUCGCCGGAAGCCUCUCAUUCGGUUUCCCUCACACCCAGCUCCCCCCAGCCAGCAACCCCAACCGAUGGGGAUUUAUUAGAUCGCGACGCCGCUUUCUCGUCCUCCAAGCCCAUCACCAUCGGCGCCGGACAUCUCGCUGGUGGCAACACCUCUUCGUCCCGCCGUUACCCCGCCAUCGCUGCGUCGCCUUCCUUUGCGCCGGCCAUCGAGUCUGCUAGCUUCGACGCUCGCGACCCCUUUGGCAUUCCCGAGGAUCAAUUCGACUCCUCUCGCGCGUUCCCAUCCCGCUCGAUCGACAUUGACAUGACCACCGGGCCCUCCAUGGAUUCGACCAUGAGCCGCCCCCGCCAGGACUCCUUCGUGAGCGCCGGCCCGAAACCCAUAUCCAUGAAUAAUGCGAACCGCGAUCAUGUCAGCCGGCAGCGCAGAGAAUCUCUUGCGGGAAGCCUCAUGGGAGGCGCAAGUUGGAGUGGCAUGUCACUUGGCAGUUUCAUUCGCGAUGAUAUAGUCAUGGCGGGCACCUCGCCCUUUACCCACCAACAGUCGCCCAGUCUCCACUCGUCAUCCUACCUGCCCAAAUUCGAAGCGAACUUCAUGAGGGACUUCACCUGCUGCGGACUGACCUUGUCUAACCUGCACGAUCUCCUGCAGCACUAUGAAGAAGCUCACAUGCAACCGAGUCCCAACACGUCGCGGGGAACUGGACCUUUCGCCUCGCAGUUCUUCCCUCUCUCCCCGCCCUCCGGCUCGCAAGAUGCCUCUCGCCGCAUGGGUUCCACUUCCAGUGGCGGCCAGCAGAACACGAAUGCCAAGAUUGCUCCGUCGCGACCAAGCCCCGGCAUGUCGAAUGCUGGCAUGGCGAGCAUGGGCCCGGGAUUGAGCCAGCAGCCGGGCUCUCAAUCGCACAAUCAGAUGUCCUCUCAUAUGGACGAGAUGGACACUGUCGGAGAUAUGGAGAUGGAUGACGCAGUAGGGCACAUGGAGAUGGAUGACGACAGCAAUAGGACAAUGCAGCAGGCGCGGCAGAUGUUCGGCCAGCAACAACGGCCGCAAUUGCAGGUCAACGCCUCGGGCAUCACGCAAGGCCUCCGGACAUCACAGCCGACUACCCCGGCCGCCGGCGGCGCCUAUGGCUUCCAGCACAAUCCCACCGUCUCGUCUGUUAACACGCCCACUCUCUCUACGCACCAGACUCCCCGAACUAGCUCCGAUUUCCAGUCGAGCCAGAUGGACGACGAUUUACCAGGCAUGCCGAUGGGCGGUGGAAAUAUGGGGCUCAACGGCGCCAACUUCGGCGCCAAUGGCUUCGGCACCGGAAACAGCAGUAGCAAUGGCGGCAGUGCCACCAACUCGGAGUACUGCAUCAAUGACCCUGGCAAGCAUCUGUCCAGCCCUGGAAAUGCCUUGACCCCUCAACAACGCGCACUGCAGGCACAGUUGAUCAAUUUGGGCUUUGAUACCUCUCAGCCAAACAGUCCUGCCAAUGCUGCCCUGCUCCAGAAGUUUACAGCAAUGAUGCAGAACGAGGAGCAGAAGCCAUAUAAGUGCCCCGUGAUAGGAUGCGAGAAGGCUUAUAAAAACCAAAACGGCCUAAAGUAUCAUAAGCAACAUGGUCACCAGACGCAGCAGCUGCACGCCAACGAGGAUGGAUCAUUCUCCAUUGUCAACCCCGAGACCGACGCGCCUUAUCCUGGUACUUUAGGAAUGGAAAAGGAGAAGCCAUUUUCCUGCGACGUGUGUGGAAAACGAUAUAAGAAUCUCAAUGGUCUCAAAUACCACAAGAGCCACUCAGCACCUUGCAAUCCGGAUUUCAAGCUGAUUGCAGCCGGUCUUAACCUUCCAGGUGGAUUAGGCGGGUUACUUGAGAACCAUUUCACCAACCUCCCAGGCAUUGGUGAGGAUCAGCAGAUGAUGUGA